AUGCCUGAAAAUCUCAGAAAAUCUUUUUAUAGUGAAGAAGACUCAAGAAAGAUUAGACAGCAGGAAUUAGUGGUUCUUUGGACAUGUGAUAUAAAGGGCGAGGUGGCUACGAUGGAUAAUAUGAUUGAAAGAAGGUUGCGGCAUAAAUGCUCUCCUUAUCAAUAUGCAUUCGAAUAUGCAGCAGUUGGAGGUAAUAAAGUAGCAACAGAAUAUCUUUUACAAAGAUUGACUCCUGAAGAAAGAAAAAAGUCUUUAGUAAGAACUGCAGGAUAUAUAGCAGAGAGACAUUGCAGCUCUGCCAGCAUCUGUACUGAUCUUCCUAAAGAUUAUGCUGAUGUUUUAUGUUUUUUACUCUCACAAAUGGAUGAAGCGCAGCAAACAGAAGUAUUUGAAAGCUACCCUUAUAAAGUGUUAAAAUGUUUUUUGGGUUGGCCAUUGCAAAGUCUUUUUAUGGAAACAUCAAACCGUAUGUUGAAUUUUCUUUCCAAAGAGGAUUGCCAUUAUUUUUUGAGAGAAAUGGCUGAUAAAGUGAUAGAGGGCCAUAAAGAUUAUGAUUAUCAAAAGCUUUUUGGGGAAUUUUGGAGACAAAGCCCUACAGCCCAUAAAAGAUAUGUUAUAGAUAAGUGUGCUAGUGGGUCUCUAUUAUCAAAACUGUUUAAGAUUAAAGAUAAAAAAAAUAUCUCAUUAGUUUUGAAAGAUGCAACUCUUGCAGAAAAAAGAAAAUCAUUUUUUACCAUGAAGGUAAGGAUACCUGUGAAAGUUUAAUUUAUAGCAGUAAAUGGGAUUCACUAAAAUUCUUUCUUCAAGAGUGUAUAUCAUCCAAAAACAUAAUGAUUAAGUUCAAAGAAGAGUUCAAGGAGCGUAUAACACGCCGUUGCUCAGAA